AUGCCUGGCCGCGUGUCCACCAGACUGGAACUCCUCUCCUCGGUCAGAGGCAACACCCUCGUCUUCCCAGACCUCUGGCAGUACUGCAGUCACUGGCCGCAGGCCGUGAACCCGGGAAUCGAUCAACUGAGGAAGGAUGUGAGCGAUUGGCUUGACAAAGCCAUUCCCUCGGAGAAGCUGCGCGAAGCUUACAAGAUUGCCGACAUCGGGCUGCUGGGUGCCUGUGUCUACCCUUUUGCGAGCUAUGACCGCUUGAGGAUCGCCGCGUUGCUGAAUAUCUGGGUCUUUAUCGUCGACGAUGAGCUCGACAUGGAAAGCGGGACGAUGGUCGACGAUCUCGAGACGUCCAACAAAUACCGUUCCGAACUCAUCGACUUCGUGCGCAGGUGCCUGGGCCUGGCGCAGGCCGCGGAUGAUGACGCCGGUAGCGAUUCCGACAGCGGGUCCAGCAACACCUCCUCUUCCGACUCCAGCAGCUGCGCCGUCAAGGACACGGCGUAUGGCCACAUUAUCCAGAGCUUUGCCAUGCUCGGUCGCGAGAUUCAGGACAAGUACAAUGUUGAUCAGAGGCAGAGACUUCUUGAUAACGUCAUCUUCUACCUGGGGAUGACGCGCGAGGAACAAUGUUCGCGGUUGGCGGGCGGUAUUCCGACGUCUGAGGAAUAUUGGAAGUUCCGUGAUGGCGCGAGCGCGGUUGAAGUGUGUCUUGCGAUGGUGGAAUACCUCGCAAAGGCGCAAGGACUCCCGAAGCAGGUCUUCGAGGACGAGGAUAUGAAAAGGCUGUGGACUCUGACGAACACGAAUGUUUCGCUUGUCAACGACGUUUUCUCGGCGAAGAAAGAACUCGCCGGAGAAUCCAUCGCAAACGCCAUUCCGAUCUGGUUCGCUGCAGCGCAGCCUGGCGAAGACCGCCUCAAAGCCGCGACCGACCGGGCCGUCGCGCUGUUCGUGCAGACGGUCGGCGAGAUCGACGAGGUCGAGCGCAAGCUCAUGCAGAGAUACGGCAACGGCGUCCUCGACGAGAAUAUGACAAAAGAGCUGCAGUGGUUCAUCAACGGGUGCAGGACGUGGUGCACCGGGAACUACUACUGGAGUUUGAGAACACCGAGGUACGGGAGGUUGGGGAAGACGGUUGGGAAGAAUGGGUGUCUUUACAUCCCGUUGUAA